GAGUCGAACGAGCGUCCUGGACUAGACUAGUUAGCAUCUCAACAGAACAGUACAAUCCAAUCCACACCUAAUUUAACUGCUAUUGUAUUGAACCUCGCGCCGGCGCUCAACAACGACGGAGUCAUGGGCGGCGAGUUUCGAUACGAGAUCGGCCAGAACGCCUACAUCAAGCUCAUUCUCCACUCUCUCAAGCACUCCUCAUCCGCCGUCAACGGCGUCCUCCUCGGCCGCGUCUCCGGCGAUGCCAACUCCGUCGUCGAAAUCUCCGAUUCCGUCCCGCUCUUUCACUCUCAGAUCGGCCUUCUCCCGCCGCUCGAGAUCGCUCUCCUCAUGAUUGAAGAGUAUUAUAGCCGUCAGGGUUUGAGUAUUGUUGGAUAUUUUCAUGCUAAUGAGAGAUUUGAUGAUUUCGAGCUCGGAGGUGUUGCGAAAAAUAUAGGGGAUCAUAUUUAUAAGUAUUUUCCGCAGGCUGCUUUGCUCUUGUUAGAUAACAAAAAGCUAGGAGCUUUAUCGAAGGGAAAAGAUAGAAGCCCAGUGAUGCAGCUUUAUACAAGGGAUGCAUCUAGGACCUGGAAGUUUAUUGGAUCUGAUGGAAGCAGCCAAUUAGCCCUCAAGGAGCCAUCAGCCAAUGUAGUCCUGCAGGACUACAUAUCAACUGGAAAAGCAGAGAACAUCACAGAUUUUGAUGAUCAUCUUGAUGACAUUAGCAAGGACUGGCUGAACUCAGGAUUAUUCAACUGAAAAUGGUUUUGUUUGGCAUCAUCCUCAUUCCAUUGAAGGCUAAACUAUACAGGAGACUAACCAUGUUCUCCGGAUUUUGUACUUUGUUCUUUGUCUUUUUUAGUACUGUACUAUUGACUAUUUGUUAAGAUAACCGCUGAAUUCCGGAGUUUUAGUGUUCUUCAUUUUCGAAAAAUUCUGUAGUUCUUUCCUUCUGUUGUUUCUUGUUUCUCGUUUUAGUUAAACAGUUAUAACUUAUAAUCUUCAAUUCGAUAACAUAAAAUAGAUGUUCAGAAUUUUUA